AUGUGCAAGCAAGGCUGCCAGGCUAGGAACCGACGCAACCUCAAGGAUGCCAAAGAAUGGGGAGGCUUUAUCAAGCAAAGCGCUCUACGCCGGCACUGGCAAGGGGCUCUUUCUUCUUUGCAUCGCAUGAGGGCGAAGGCGCUUCGCCCGAACCAGAUCGCCAUCAACAUGGUUGCAGCAUCUGCCCAUGCCCAAAGGUGGACGCAGUCAUUGAGGAGCUUGGCUGCCUACGGAAUGAAAGACGUGGUGGCGCUCAAUAUUGCUCUGAAGUCAUGGUGUGCCAGCGGUCAGUGGGAGCAUGGAUUGAGCUGUAUCUACUUGGCGCCUCAGCUGUCAUUGGCUCCCGACAUUGUUUCAUACAACACUUUCCUUGGCGGUGGCACCUUUGGGAGCUCCUGGCCAAGAUCCUUGCACGUUCUAGCCAGGUGUCACAAUGCCGCUGAUGCUACAACCUACACCUCUGCCAUGAACCCACUGGCCUUGUCACUUCACUGGCAAAUAGGAUCGUUUUUGCUUGACACGAUGGAGUGCCGUGACAUCCAACCUGAUGAAGUCAUCUUUGGGGCCAUGAUAGCCGGUCUUGGAGAAUGGCGUUGGGGGACGCACUUGCUCUACUGCUUUAGUGAGCUUUCUCUUCGAGCCGAUGCGGUGGCAUUUGGAGCCAGCUCCAACAGCUACUCCCAGAGCAGUCAUUGGAGUCAGGCCGUUGGCUUCGCAGCACUGAUGGCUUGCAGGGCUCUCCACUCCAACCUGGCCACCACGAAUUCAUUGCUCAAGUCCUUCAGCGGAUGCUGGGAACAGGCAACUGGAAUGAUGAGCUCAAUCAAGCCAGAUCUGAUCACUGCCAAUGCGAUUGCCGCAGCAUGUGACAAGGGGAAGAAAUGGCAACAAGCAAUGCUUAUUGUGGAGCAAGUUUCCCUCUUCGAGCUCAGUCCGGACUCCAUCUUGAAGAGUGUUGCUGUCAGUGCAUGUCAGAGGACUAGCAGGUGGCUGCUAUCUGUGCUGUCAACCUUUGGAGACUGGCAAAGUUGCAAAGGCACUCAGGCCAGCAUUGUUCUGUGUAAUGCGGCUAUGGCAGCCAUGGCAGCUUGCAAGAAUACAUGGCGCCUGGCUGUGGAUCUAUUUGGCCAGUUGCGAUGCCAAAGAUUAAACCCAAAUGUGGUGACAGGUGGUGCUGCGAUCGAAAGUCUUUCAAACGCAGGCCAGUGGGAGCUCAUCUUAAAGAUGCUGCGGUUGGAGCCGUUGGAGCCAGCACCUGAAAGCAGUGAAGUGGCGAGGGGCCCUGCGCUCCUGUCCCUAGAGGUGUGGUGCUCUGCUUUGCAUGGAUCUUCUUCCAGAUGGGAAGUAGUACUUGGUAUUUUGGCCAUGCUGCAACAGCGCUCCGGUCGCCCAGAUGCACUGACCUCAACUUGGCGGGGUACUGGGUGGGUACUGGGUGGCUGCUGGUGGCUGGUGGUGCCGCGUGCUAAUGCUGCUGACAGUCUCCUGCAACAUUUGGGCACAGUGAACCUAGGCAAUUUGCGACGCAAGUCAGCAGAGAGGACCGAAUGCCCUGCACGGCAGAUUCCCAAAAUGGCAAAGUUUGUCAAGCCGAACCUGAGGGAGGUCUUUCGACAUUUCAAGGAGGCUUGGGUGGAGUCCAACGUCUUCAAGUCACCUGGGCCUAUGCAGUUCGACACUUCGGGUGAUGUGGGCCCAUUGUCCGAUCGGCCUUACACUCUGUUGGCUGACUACUUGAGUGUCGAUGAGCUGAAGCAGAUCAUCCAACCAGUCCUUCAGCCUGCGCCGCUGGUGAUGUCUACGGAUCCCUAUGUCGUUCGUGACGCUCGUGUCAAAGAGAACCUGGGGGCAUUGGAGCAGCAGCGUCUUCGUUACAAGCCAGCCAUCCCAAGCUACCUCCGUGGUCCAGUCACUUCACAGGAGGAUGAGCUGGCUCCACACUCCUGUGAUUCCUUCGAGGAGCUUGUGAAGUCUUUCCCGCUCACAACAGCUGGGACGUCAGCUAUUCGCCUCGUCCCUCCUGUGUCAUCAGAGGGGGAUGAGAUGGUAUCAACUUUCUCGGAGCGGUCUCCAACAUCCACAAUGCUGCAGACUGGUAUGACGGAAACCAGCAAAGCUCUGACUGUUGGAAUUGUUUUCGCCAGCAGCCAGGUGCCUGGUUUCCAUCCUGCACUGGCUGGCCUGUUCGACUAUUUGUCAGGGCUUUCACCGCCUGCCAAGUUGAUUGGUUUCUUUUGCGGGUACGAAGGCUUGAUCAAGGACUUUUGGGCACCAAUGACGCAAGACAUGGUGGACCAGUUUCGGAACCUGGGUGGGCAGGACUUCUUUGGCCCGCUUGCUUUGGCGGCAAAGGCGCUGCCGGCAGUAGCUACUGUGAAGAGGAAACUUGUGCCUGACGUGUCGCCGAUUGAGCACGAGUAUGCACGAGUCAACUUUCUCCACAAGCAUCCCGAUAUGCCUGGAGAGCGGGUGACCUUUGAAAUUGGCUAUGAGGGCCGUCGCAUGGUUGCCAGGAAUGUGCGGCCGUUCGGAGAAGACAAGCACACUCAAGCAGCCAUGGUGGCCAACAGCCACAAGGCAAGAUACGAGAGAGGCUUUGACGAAGAGGACACUAGCAGGGACUGGAACUGCCCGUCGUGCAAUGAGCGUAAUUUCUUGAAGCGGAACGUAUGCUUCAAGUGCCAGACGCCAAAGCCAAUUACGGCAGAUCCACCUGGUGGCCCACCAAUUCUGCCACGUCGAACGCUCUCUCCUCAUGCUGGUGCCCGCGCCAUCCGGGAAGCAUUGGCUGCUGGAAAAGGAGGGCCAAAAGAAGGAGAGGCAGAAGCAGAAGCUGCAAGUGAAGAAAGCAGCAGUCCGUCAGAAAAACACAAAAAGAAAGAAAAAAAGAAGCACAAGAAGAGGAGAAAGAGUAGCUCUGGCAGCUCCUCCAGCAGUAAGAAAAAGAAGACCAAAAAGCACAAAAGAAAGAAGUCAUCCAGUGGAGACUCCAUCAAGAGCAGCAAGAGCAAAUCAAGCAGCAGUGGCUGUGUUAUGGAGGAACCUGCUCACACCGAGCCGGUCAGCAACAAUCCAGACAUUGACAAGGCCAAAGCAGAGGCUUUGGAAAAGCUGCUAAAGCUCAAGACGGUGGAGCCAAAGGAAGCCAGAAUGAAGGAGUGGCGAGAGCUUCUCCGACAGUGGCAUCCCGACAAGAACCCUCAUAGAAUUGAGGACCUGUUGUGCCAAUUCGGGGAUCCAUCCACCCUGGCCUUCAAGGAUCAUUUGCAGGGUGCAAUCAAGACAAUCAUGCGGCACCAGCUGGACGGCCUGGUGAUGGUUGGAAAUCUCGCCAACCAGGUGGACACCGCAUUCCUGGCUGAGGCAUGUGCUGCUGAGAGACUUCCAACAAAGGUUAUUGGAGUCCCAGUAUCCUUGGACUGCAACUUCCCAUUUGUGCAGCAGAGCGUGGGUUUUGACACGGUGACCCGAACUCUGUCCGCAUUCGUUGGAACCAUUGGGAACUUGGUGAAGGCUUCGAGGAAUAUGUGGAUCUUCGUGCGAACAAUGGGUGACGCAUGGUCUCACGUGGCAGUUCAAAUCACUUUGGAGACUCAUGUGCACAUGGUCCUGAUGUCUGGAAGCCAGCUGCUGGGCCAAUAUUUGGCCAAAAUUGUGCAGUGCCUCUGCGAUUUGAUCGUCCAGCGGCAUGAAGCAGGCCAAGAUCAUGGCAUCAUCAUGCUUCCAGUGGGGUUCGUCAACGAUAUCUUGGAGCUUCGCGUUCUUUUCUCUGAGUUGAUGGAGGUCAUGUCCAGGAAUCAUUACGAACAGAGUUGGGAUUCAAUUCCAAGCAUUGCCUCCAAAUUGAAGCCAAGUACAGCAGCCCUGUUUGAAGUCAUCCCACGAGAUGUGCAGUAUGAGAUGUGCUUCGGUGGCCGAGAGAGGUACAUGAACAAGGUGGACUUCUCUACGAUCUCGACGGAUCGACUUCUGCUUCGUUUCGUGGAAAUCGAGUUGCACCGUCGCAGGCAAUUAGGUAUUAUCAAGGAGGACCACCUGUGGAUAGAAGAUGAACCGCUCUUGGCCAACAAGUCGCAUUGCUUUGACUGCUCCAAAGUGGCAGUAGAUCACUUGGACGAGUGCACAUCUGAUGUCACGGUCAAAGUGUCUGAGCAGUUUGCCUUGCACUGGCUCAAGGAUGAGGCCGAUGAUGAGGAAGUGGUCAGGGUGAUGACGCAGCUUCUCACAGCCCGGCCGGAGCUGGAGGCACCGCUGCUGACUGCAAUUAGUGCCUCCCAAGUGUUCAAGAGAUCUACACAGCGGCAGUCGACCUGGCCAAGCUUCGACCCAAAAACAAUCCCACGAAUCGUGGAUGAGGAGUUCGAGGAAUAUAUCUCAGAGUUGCCAAGGCUACGAUUUGCCACCUCUCGCUACUUUGUGGGCGAGGAAGAGCAGAAGUUUGAGAUUGAGGUAACCCGUUCAGGGCCGUUGCAUGCCGAGUCAAGGGUUGUGCUUCAUACCAACGACUUGUUUGCAAAGGCCAAUGUAAAUUACGUCGAACAACGGAAGAUGUUGGUUUUCAAACCCGGCACGGAUUCCGUCACUGUGAGCAUUGACCUGAUAGCCAGCGACGAGUGGUCUCCAACUCUAGAGUUCGAGGUAAUUCUUGACCCGUCCACCACUUCCAAUGCUGAACUGGAUGCGUAUGGAAGAUCGGCACGAGUGAAGAUAGACGACAAGGACGCUUUUCCCUCGAACGUUGUCGAUGUGCGGAAGCUUGCGAAGAGUUUGUCGUGGGAGCACUUCAGGCAAGCACUUGAAAACGCACCACUGUUGAUUCUGAUGGGGGAGUACUUGAAGCUCAACUUUCGCAAUGACACCGUUCGCAGAGGUACGAUUAAGAUGUUGAUGGCUGCAGAGUGCCAUCACUUGUAUGGAAUUUUGAGGCUGUUUCUGAGCGUGUUGCUCGUCGACAAAGUCUUCAAGAGCGGGGAAGAGCUUUCUCCUGAUCCCCCGCAGUCAGUGGUAGAGUUUCUGCAUAGCCGUCCGGGAAUGCUGGUGGCAGUGAUGUGCGGCAUGCUGCUGCCUUUUGCAGUCCUCCACUACCUCGACUACAUCUCCCUGACAUGGAGAGUAGGUGGGGCAUCGCGAGCGCAGCUGCUUUCUGCGCUCGUGCGAAGGCUUUUACACUAUGAUGUGUCCUCCAGGAUUGACAUCAAGCAAGGUGCAGAGAUUAUGGCCAUGACAAAGGACGUCGAAGAUAUCGUGCAGAAUGGUUAUAUGGGAGUCCUGGAAAUCAUAUCCCAUUUACAAAAUCUCGCAACUGUCUUAGCGUACCAGAUCAUUUCCCGGCUGAUUCUCCAAGAGCCCAUCAGCCCAUGGAGCAUCGCUCCACUCGCAGUACAUCCCACAGUCCUGGCUCUUUUUGGCAUUUGCCGUCGCAAAACUACAAUUCACGUUCAGCAAGCCGAAAAUGCUGAACGAGCUUCCUUGGUCAGCCAGAUGCAGAGUGUCACACUGAACAACACCAUCAUUCGGAACCUUGGUGGAGUGGCGAAAGCCAUUGACCAGUUCGAGAAGGGGAUCGCAGCCUUCAAUGGCUCGUUGAUAAACACCCUUCAAGUCAUGAAGAAUAACAUGUACUUUGCAAACUGGAUGGGGCUCGUGAUGCUGGCAGCGUACACGCUCGUCGGCGGGCUUGAGGUCAUAGACGGAAAGAUGAGGAUGGGUAUCUUCCUGGCAGACAUCACCUUGUUCACGCAAAUCAAUGUGACAUGGAGUUUGAUUUGCAGUAAGAGUGUCGAGAUAAACAGUAUUUUGCCCGGGCUCGAGCGCGUCGUCAUCCUCAUGAAUCUUCCGACCGAUCUUCCUGAUCGCCGAAAGCUGUUGAGGCACUUGAUUUCCGCAUCAAAGGGAAUGCGGAGCAUUAUGGAGGAGAAAAGUGAAACCUCAAAGCUGAAAUUGGACGAUAUGCCGCUGUUCCUCAAGGGACCGCUCAUUGAGUUCUCCGUCAAGUCGCAACAGGGCGAGUUCUUCAUCCGCAAGGUUGCCCUUCAACUGAAGGGAGAAUUGUACAUACAUCAAGGGGAGUUCAUUGCGCUCGUGGGUCUGCAUGGCCACGGGAAAUCUUCGAUUUUGAAGAUGUUCGGUGGUGAGCUUUUACCUGGAGAAGGAAACUUGCCUGGUUUCUUCGUUCCGCCGCACCUUCGGGUGCUGCAUGUGGGAACUGAGCCUGGCCUGUUUCACGGCACGCUUUAUGAUAAUUUGAUCUUUGGCGUCGCUGAUGGAGGCGUGCAUGGCCUCGAUGCAGAUCUGGAACGUGUAAAGCACAUUUGCCAACUUCUCACACUCCCAGAGGAGAUUCUUGCCUUACUGGAUGUGCCAGACAAGCUGUGUUGGGACCAGGUCUUGUCUCAUACCCAGCAAGCCAAGCUGGGUCUUGCGAGGGCGUUAGUUGCCAAUCCUGAUGUUCUUCUCCUCCACAAACCUGCCAUGCCGUACGACGACAAAACCUCCCACAUGGUGCUGGAAGUCAUCAAGAGCCACGUCAAAAACCGUGGUGUUGGAUAUGCUACCAAGUCUUCCUGCAGGUCUCCGCGCACCUGCAUUUUUACAAGCUCCAAACGAUACGGCUUGCAACUGGCUGACCGAAUAUAUUUGAUUGGUCCAACGGGGCUUAUUCAAGAGGUCCAAGCUGACGAAGUCACGGAGGGCAUGCUGGCCUAG